AUGUCUGGACUAAAUGUCUCUUUGGGAUAUUUCCUGGCAGUCCUUGCCCUCAGUGAGGUUGCCCGUCGUCUGCUGAGGAAGCUUCCCGUGCUCGGGGGUUUCUCUGGUGAGCUCCCUGCCUCUUUCAUGCUCGUGGCCUGCUGGCAUGAGCUGCGGACUUUAAUGGAAGUGGGAGCAUGGGCAGGGGGAUUCGGCCCGGACGUCUCUGUGACUUUGCUCUUUCUCAUUCUGGUGGUUCACGGAAUUUGUUCGCAGGGGGCUUCUGGUAAUCCCACGGUGACUCUACAGUGCUUCCUCCUCUUAACAGUCUCACCCUGGGUUGCCCUCUCCAGCCUGGUGGGUCAGUUUGCAGGAGCAGCCCUCGCCAGCGCCCUGGCCAUCCGCUACUGGAUGCUUGAGCUCACGGAUAUGCACAUGAUCCAGAACAUGAUGUCCCGGGAUUGCAGCGCGGCGUUGCGAGUCUCGGUCCCACAGGGUGCCUUCGCAGAAGGUGUGUGCGCAUUCUUUUUCCACCUUCUUGCUCUGCGACUCCGGCACAGCACCGCGCUCUUCAGGGUCCCGCUCACAGCGCUAACUAGCACCUUUCUCACUUGUGCAGCUAGCAGUUACACUACUGGCCUCUUCAAUCCAGCGCUGGCUUUCACACUCACCUUCCACUGCUCCGGAUACACGUUGCAGGAGUACGCCACCGUCUACUGGCUCGGGCCAAUCACUGGAAUGACCCUGGCCCUGUUCCUGUAUCAGGGACACAUCCCUCGCCUCUUCAGCAGGAACCUGCUCUACUCCCAGAAGAGCCGCUACCGGGUCCCGCAGGCCAAGACUGCCCAGGAUCAGGGGGGCAGAACGAAGGACGGGUGAGGGGCCCAGAGACACAGCACUCGCCUGCCUCAGACCAGCCACGCCAGCACUCACUGAAUAUCAGCUAGUUUGUUUUUAAUAAAAGGAC